GGUCAUCACUAAUCCGCCUCAUUCCCAAUUCCCAGCUGCUCUAUCUGCCUCAUGGCUGCCAGGAACUCUGCACGCUGAAACUUCUCACGCAAUGGUCAUGUUUACGGUAUGAGGAGUCUGCAGUCAGAGCUGGACAUACAGAAGCAGGAGUGAAGGAACUGCCCAUCAAUGGCCAGCCCCACCCCUUGGCUUGAUGUACUGUGAGAGAAAAGUGAGUGGACCAGAAAUACUUUAGCCGAUUGCCAUGGAGGAGACUCAGACCAAGCCCGCUACGCCGGAGCCCAGUCCAGCACAUAGUCCAGCACCAAGUCCAGCACCCAGUCCAGCACCCAGCCCACUGUUGGAUAGAAUUGCUUUGCCUACAGCGAACCAUGUGGAGCACCUAAAUGUGAACCAGAUCCAGGUGGUGGUUCGGCGCUGCUCCAGUCCAAAUGUCACAGAGGAGACCACAUAUUUUAUUCCUCGAAACCCUGUGGCGGAUGCUGGCACCAACACAGACCCUCCAGUGGUCUGCUGCCCCUUGCUCCACAGAUUUUGCCCAUGUCCACCAAGAGGCCUUCUGGCCUCUCUCAUUACUAAAAUCCUUCUGGCAGCUGUGCUCUUCGGAGUGGUCUGGUCUGUCACAGAGGAUGAGUGUCUUCCAGGAGGAAACCUGUUUGGCAUCACAAUCCUCUUCAUCUGUGCACUCAUCGGGGGCAAACUGGUGGCUCUCAUCCGUCUGCCCAGACUACCGCCAUUGCCACCUCUCCUUGGUAUGCUGCUAAUGGGUUUCCUGCUGAGAAACAUCCCAGUGGUAACAGACGGGGUGUAUAUUGACUUCAGAUGGUCGGCGUCACUGAGGAACAUCGCCUUGGCUGUCAUUCUGGCCAGAGCUGGUCUGGGGUUGGAUCCCACGGCUCUGAAGAAACUGAAAGCCGUGUGCGUACGUGUGGCAUGUGGGCCGUGCAUUAUCGAAGCCUGCACCACGGCUCUGGUGUCUCACUUCCUCAUGGGCUUGCCCUGGGUGUGGGGCUUCAUCCUCGGCUUCGUGCUGGGCGCUGUGUCUCCAGCAGUGGUGGUUCCCUCCAUGCUGCUGCUGCAGAAGGACGGCUAUGGCGUGGAGCAAGGCAUCCCCACCCUGCUGAUGGCUGCAGGCAGCUUUGACGACAUUCUUGCCAUCACAGGGUUCACCACAUGCUUGGGCAUGGCCUUCGCCACAGGCUCCACUUGGUACAACCUCCUGAGAGGGGUACUGGAGGUGUGCGGUGGGAUGGUUGCUGGGCUUCUUCUUGGCUUCCUCAUUCAGUACUUCCCUAGUGUAGACCAGAAACACAUAGUAAUGAAGCGAUCCUUUCUGGUGCUGGGCCUGUCUGUCUUUGCUGUGUUCGGCAGCGGUGUGGCCGGGUUUCCUGGCUCCGGAGGCCUCUGCACCCUGGUGUUGGCAUUUCUGGCCGGCCUUGGCUGGGGGUCGGAAAAGGCACGUGUGGAGGAAGUGGUGGGGUGGGCAUGGGACGUGUUUCAGCCUCUACUCUUUGGACUGAUAGGAGCAGAAAUUCGAAUCUCUGAGUUGGAGGGACUCACAGUUGGUUUGGGUAUAGCCUCUCUGCUCAUUGCCCUGCUGGUUCGAGUCCUGUUCACCUACGUCUGUGUGUUGUGGGCGGGCUUCAACCUCAGGGAAAAAUUGUUCAUAGCCCUCGCAUGGAUGCCCAAAGCCACAGUGCAGGCAGCCAUAGGCUCCACAGCUUUAGACAUGGCCAGGACAAGGAAGGACGAGCAGUUGCAGAAGUACGGCAUGGAUGUGUUGACCGUGGCCGUGCUGGCCAUCCUUCUCACAGCUCCUGUAGGAGCUCUUUUAAUAGGGCUCGCUGGACCUUACCUGCUACAGAAACCAAAGAGCUCUGCUUGUGGUGAGCGAGUCAAACCCACUUUAUCAGCCUUUUUCUUGGGCACUGCAGCAGCAGGCGACGAUGACUCUGAAACUCCCGUCACCUAUGAGAGCACGCUCUGACAUCACCUGUCUUCAUUCAGUAAGCGAGGACAUUUAAAGCAAUUUAAAGGUGCUUUCACAACUUGAACAUUUGAGCUAAUUUGCUUUAGCCACCGAGUGGCUCUGUUUGUCUCUCUCACUGCCGUCAGCUCCUGAUGUUUGCCAUGCUGCAGGAACACAUGAAUCACUCUGUAUUUAUAGUCUCUGGUGGUUUCCAGGUCUCAGGCUCCAAAGUAAUGACCCACAUACCCAUGGCUGCUCUUUCAUGCUGUAUGACAGCGUACAAAAGGUGGUCCUGUUUCUGGUCCAGAAUUAUCUUUUCAUCAGCUUUAUUAGUGUGAGGCAUAAUUAUGGUUUACAGUUUAAGGUGGAUGUUUUUCUGCCCGUCAUAUUCAUUGAAUCCAUUAUUUGCCCAUUUAUGUGACGGCAUAUCGGGUAAUUGUUUGGUGUAUUUGGACUUAAACAAGUGGUACUACUGUAUUGUAGUAGAGGCUGUUUCCUUUGAAGGUUACAUAAUUGAAUGCACUGUCAGUAGCAAUAUUUUAUUGUUUUAAAUUAGACCACACAUUUGAGUUUUUAGGUGUUUUGUAUUCAGUAUGGGAUUUAUGCAGCUACUGUAUAUGUAUGUGUAUUUUUUGCGUGUGUUUGAAAAAAUGUGUAAUAGCUGUGACUUGGUGAUGAGAAGGUUUUGCUUAGUAACCUGAAAAUAAUCCACACUUUCCUCUGGUUUAUAUAUUAUGCUGCUGAAACUCCCAUCGUCACUUAAAGUCUCUGUAAGCUUUCAGUGUCACAAAUGCUCAGCAGUAAUCAUGUCCAUAAUCAAUUCAUUCAUGCAAACCCAAUCUUUGAUUGAUUGUAAGGGAAAGUCGAUUUUUCACAUUGUGACAAUUUUUUUAUUACAGAAGUAUGCAGUGUAACUUAUAUAAUUUGAUUUUGAAUUAUUUACAUUUCCUUAUUGUGUAUUUUUAGCAGCUAUUUAUAAUUAAAUAAAAUAUUGAGAAUUAGUUUUUCACCAAAUAUUCUUUAUAAAAUAAAUGAUAAAAACAUACAAAGAACUGUUCUUCUCUGGCAUUCUGAAUGUAUUUUAAGUACUUGUUUUGAAUUAGUGAUAGGAUAAUAGCUUAAAUUAUUUGCCUGGGUCCAUACCUCUUAAUCCGUUCAUUCUGUGACAAUUCUGUCUCAUAUCAGGCAAUUCAUUUAUUUCUAUGCAACAUAUUUGUACAAGUUGAUUUACUACUAUUUUAUUACAUGCUAAAUUAAAGUCCCUGUGUUUUUAAGUUUAGGUUUCUGAUCUGUUUGAUGUUCAUCCAUUGGAGCAACGUGGCUCUUGGGAUGACAGCGUUGGUGUGUCGAUUGG